AUGCCUUCUGCCAAUGAUCGGGACUCCCACAUUCAGGAGACACAAGCCAACCAAGUACAGCACCUAGAGAGAGCCAAGGCUGAUUAUAAGGUGCAAGCUGGCCGACGGCAUCAGCAGGGGCCCGCGUUCCAGGUCAGGGACAAGUCUGGCUGUCCUUGGAGCACCACCACACUAGACGUCCCUUGGCUAAGCUGGACUACAAGUACCAGGGACCUUUCCCCAUCCUGCAACAGAUCAAUCCGGUCGCCUACAAGUUGGAGAUUCCCCCCUCUCUGAAGAUCCACCAGGUGUUUCACGUAUCCCAGCUCAAGCCCUGCCAUGCGGACUAUUUUCUGGGUCGCAUCGCCCCGCCACCACCGCUAGUCCAGGUUGAUGGCCAUGAGGAGUUCCAGGUCACCCAGGUUCAGGACUUGAAGCGGCUCCAUGACAGACUCCACUAUCUAAUUGACUGG